GGGUAUAAAAAAAAAUAUUUUUGAAUAAAAGACAUUAUGUAAUAUUGUUUUGUUUUUUUUUAGGGGUGGGGGGACAUAUUUAAAGAUAGUUGUUUUUGGCUUAGAUAAAAAUGUAAUUUGUACAAUUUGUAUUAGAUCUAAAUUUUCUAAAUUUUAUCAAUGUUUCUGGAACAACGCGAUAUUGAUAAUAAAAAAAUGUAACAGGCAAAUGAGGCAAUUGCCACUUAUAGAAUCAUCGUCAUUCUUCCUUUUCCGGUACCAAGAAUAGACAACACAUGCGUUACGCAGUGGUUAAAUCUGCCUGUGACGCUCCGUAUUAAAUGUAAGUGUCCAGACAGUUUGUACGUGAGUGUAUCAAGUAAAGCUCAAUUGAUUAAUAUGCUAUUUACGUAAAAACUGAUAUUAAAUUGGGUUUGAGUGAAAAGGUACAUUUUUGGUUCUAAAAGUUAAGACCACUGCCUACUUUACCCCUGCCCCUACUUGGCUAACACUCGAAUUCUUCGCCUUGGCUGCAGUGCUUCAUAUUCAUAGUACCGGCAGUUAACUCACCAACCUUAUAUGUAAUAAAGCAACUUUAGGAGGACACUAGACAGGACUUUGUGUUGUAAUUGAAGUACUCCGUUGUUAUAAAUCAUUAGGUCCGUUUAGCCUUACUUAGUAAUUACUUAGAUUAUAAAUUUUAAUAUGGUACACAAAGCCACAGAGAUUUAGAAAAUGAAAAGAGGUGAAAAUAAUUUUGCCACCUGGAAUAAGUUGGACAUAUACUGUCAACCACUGAUAACAUUUCAGUGGAUGAUUGGGAUAAAAACUGGUGUGGGUAAAUGUUCUGGUGGAUUUUAUAUUACAAGAUGAAUAAAAGAUUCUAGUUUUAAGAUUUUUAAAAUUGAAUUAUGUAAUGAUUAGUAAUGUCAUGUGACUCAAAUGAAAUAUUCUGCAUCAUUGUUUGAUCAUCAACUAAAGAUUUAUAUCAAUUAAUCAAUAUUAAUAUCAUAAGAAGAGACUGCUUGGUCUGUAGUGAGAGGGAAUUAAGCAGACCUUUCACUUUUAUGAUUUUGUGUUGUAUUUUAUGAUUAUAUGCCGAGACCCAUCAGAACUACGAUUGUAUUUUAAGAGACCAGGUUGAAAAUAUAAACAUUCUGUUAGUGUUAGUUUUUUUUCCGGCUGUUAGUUGUAAAUUGUAUUUGCAUUCUACAUCCAGCAGUGAAUGGAUCGAGAAUUACAAUUAGUUUUAGAUAAUCUAUAAUUAUAUCACGUUUCGUCGUCGUUUGCACUGAGUGGCCUGAGAGAGGGGUGGAGUGUUGUUGAUUUAGGAGAUUUUGUCACUGUGUUUGGGGGUCUAAAUAUUUAAGUUUUUAAGAUUAUCACAGCCACAUAUUUUGUGAUAGUUUGUAGGGGAAGGGGGGUAUCUCAGCAGAAAAUACAUAAGUUAUUCAAAUAUUUUUACAAUAUUCCUCCUGAAGGUCCAAAAAAAAAAGCAUGCUUAUGGCAAUUUUAAGGAAUUGUCACCAUGUAUUUUUCACAAAUGAACUCCCUAGAUACACUCAGACAGUACUCAGUAGUAGAGGUAGCACAGUAAUAUUUAGUCCACUCACACUGUGUUCAAGUUCAACUUGCUUGUGACGUAUAUUUUCUUGGACUACGCCAGUGGUUCUAAAAAUUUUGUUGUUUCCCAGCGCCUUUGCCAAAUUUAUGUGCUCACCAGACUCCUUUGUUAAUUUCUAAUAAGUACACUUUGAAAUAUAGUAUACAUACACAAAAUAAAAAAAGGGUUGGGUAAAAAUAAAUAUAACAUGUAUGUAGGUCAGUAAGCACCAUCUGCAACUCCAAACAGUAGUUACUCAAGUCGGUUACUGUUUGCACAACGACCGAAAGUGGAAAUAAAAUAAUAAAAAAUGUGUAAUAUUUUGCAACAUCACUGUGAGGAAACCCCAGCAACCCAUAUAGAAAAAAUGUUGUGGUGUUGUGUGCCCAAAAUGCUGAGCAGUAAAAGGACUAUUUUUUAGCACCCCUUGAUUUGUGAAGUAAAUGGGAUUUUAUAAUUUAAUUCAUUUUUGAGGUCUUUUCUAAAUACUAUUUUGGUGCCCCCUGAUUUUGACGCCUAUUCUCAACUAUUCAGCGCAGCAAUAUUAGAUUUCCACAUAUUUUAUAGGAGCUGAGACGACUGAGAGGGUCUUUGCAAUCUAUUUUAGAUCACGCUUAACAGCUGUACGAUUUUUAAUAUCUCUCUUCCUUUCCCCCAUUUAAAGCCUGUGGUAAUUAUCAGACUGUUAUAUGUAUCAGGAAAUAGGCACAAUGGAUAUUGAUUCUUAUUUAUUUUUUUAAAAAAAUUGUCCUAAAACAUCAAUCUCAAGUUACUUGGUAGGUUUUUUUUAAUAUGAUGCCCUAAUUUGUUAAUAAAUUCUUAUCUUAAUAAAUUUUAUUUGAGUUGAUCUCACUUCCAGGUUGGACCAAGUUAAAUUUCACCAGUAAUUUUAUUUGUACUAGUGACAGACUGAUAUGCACAUUGACCUAAAUAUUAAUUGAUAACUAUAGCAGAUACACGUCUGCAAAAAAAAAAGUGACAGCAGAUUGCAAUAUAAAUGUCAGGCAUGUUCUUAUGUAUUGUAGAAGGUACCUUUUUUUAUGUCAGCUUGACUCGAUUUGACUAGACACGCAAUGCGAGUAGUUAUUGUAUACAUUAUAUAUACUGUACAGUGUGUUUAUUUAUUUAAUAUUAAGGUAAUGUAUUGUAUGAUAUUGUACGAUUUUUGGAAUUUGGGGCUAAACGGGUCUGAUUAAGGCAAAAUGUGGUAUGGGCCAUGUGUAGAAAAUGAACUAGACAUUGGUGUCCAGCAUUCAAAGUUGGGUGUUAUGAAGAAUAUGUGCUGAAACUUAAACAUAGACAGAUCCAGGACUAGCUAGGAAAAAUGUGAGAUUAGUGUUAUUUUAUUAUUUUCUAUUGAAAUAUGACAAUAAGCACUAAAACCCCCCCAAAAACUAUAUUUUCUGAAAGUAAAUAGAAUAGACUGAUUGAUUGAUUUCUGUGUCUGAAAAUAAUCUUUGCAUAAAAAUGUGACCCAACAGUCAGUGUUAGGGCACACAAUUUUUCUAAGAAUGCUUAUAUGUCUCUGGAUUAAUUUCCUGUUAGUUUUGGGUACAUGUAUUUAAAUAAUUCAUACCAAAGUUACUAAAAAGGUUUGAUGUCACAGCACUGUUAAACUUUACAGGUUAAAGAACAGGUAUUAACUCUCUGACCGGAACCUGGCAAAUUGUGUCCAAUUUAGGCUUGGCAAUAAAUGGCUUUAAUAAACUUUAUGAAUGAAUGAGUUAAGCCAAAGUUAAAGCAUGGGUAAUUUGUAUGCUAAAAAUAUAAUAUAUGAUGGUAUGUGGCAGAAAAAGUCCAACUAGUGAAUAUUUUUGUCAGUAUUGCACAAUUUAAGUGAUUUACAUUUGACUUAGCAGGCAUAUGAAAUUUAUUGAUUUCAAGAAGCAAAGUAAAUUUUCCAUUAAUCUAUAAGUACGUUACUUUGAAUUUACUAGCUCUGAAUCUGUACGAGCGAGGUAAAUUACUAGGCGCUUUUUCACAGUUAAUUAGCCCAAACAAAAGCACAUAACAGAGAUAAACAUACAAUGAAAAAAAUAGUUUCCUUUUUUAUUUCUUAAAGUUUUUGUCUGGGAAAAUGCCUUUUUUUUUUUUUUAAUUUAAAGAAAAUUGAGUUACAAAUAAGUUACAUUAAAAAUGAAUAUGCAUUCAAAUCUGUUUUAUGUUACCUAUUUGCCAGAAUAAGCUGUAAAAUUUUAGUUGGGUAUAAGUUAUGAACACCUAUACAGGUUCAAAAAAAAAAGUUUAGGAAAUGCUGGUCUUGACCAAUAUAAAAUUUUAUAUGACUAUUAAAUAAAUAUGAGCAUGUUUAACAUAUGAUUGCUAUGGCCUAAUACUUUAUAAUAACAUUUUGUAAAUUUAUUCAAUCUCAAUGCAAGUUUUAAAAAAUAACACAAUUUAUGCAUGACUCUCAUUUCAACAGAUCCACCACAAUGCCCUCAGAUUCAAAGAAAAAAAGAGAUGCAAAAAAGAAGGAAGCUGCAAAAUCCCGCAGUCAGAAAAAAACAUUAAAAGCCGAUGAAGGUGAUGUAGAUGGUGCUGAGGAAAAUGGUGUCGAUGAAGAUGGUGUAAAUGGGGAUUCAGUUACCAGUAAUGGAAAGUCAGGUAACUAUUACAGAAAUCAAAUCAUGUUUUAAGAAACUGCUACAUUAUCAACAGAUUUUUGAAGUUGCAUACAAUUAUUUUGCAGAAGAUGUUUCAUCUGUGGCUGCUUUGUUGGAUGAGUUGGCUUUAGCUGCAAAACAUCGUUCUGUCACUGGAGUGAUAGCUUCACAUCCAGACAGUAGAGAUCUUCACAUUCACAAUCUUUCUAUCCUUUUCCAUGGUGCUGAACUUCUCACGGAUUCCACUCUUGAGCUAAAUGUGGGUCGUAGAUAUGGUCUCAUUGGUCUUAAUGGCUGUGGUAGGUUUUAAAUAAAUAAUUUAUUAAUUUGUUACACACCAUUCUUUUUUAAGAUGGUUAGUAGAUAAUUAUUGUUAAUUAUUUCUUUAUACCACAUUAAGGUAACAAUUUAAUUUUUUUUUUGCAACACUGACACAAUUUUUAAAUUUGUGCAGAUGAUGUUUCAUCUGUGGCUGCUUUGUUGGAUUUUUAAAAAACAGUUAUUUAAAUGGAACUAAAAUUGAAAAUAAUUAUUGCUUGUAAACUUUAAAUUGGAAUAAACACAGAUAAAAAGUAUGUAUAUAAACUUGGUACGCCCUUUACAUUAGAAAUGCUUAAAAAAAUGAAAAUGGCUUGUCGACUACCCCUAUAAAAAUUUAAAACAUCACUUUUUUUUUACUGGAAUUGACAACCUUUUCUGUUUAAGUCAGCUUGAAUAUUUUCCAUAUCUCAUUUUAGCAAUGAAUUAAUUGACAAGUUUUGGUUGUGUCUUCUAGGUAAAUCAUCAUUGCUUGCUGCCCUGGCAGCUGGAGAAGUUCCUAUUCCUGAUCAUAUAGAUACCUUCUUGUUGAGGCGAGAAAUGCCACCUAGUGAUAAAACUGCUUUAGAAAGUGUCAUGGAGGUAGACAAUGAAAGGCAUCGCCUUGAGAAAGAAGCUGAAGAGCUUGCUCACAAUACUGAUCCUGGUAAGUAAUUCUUAAUCUGCUUGAACAAUUUUUAUUUGUUUGAUACGAGUUUCACUUAAAUAUUAUUCUUUUUAAAUCCAGCAUGCACCAAAAGUAACAGUUCUGAAAAGAAAAGACAAACAAUAUUUCCUUGUUACUACCUGUAAAUUUAUUUCCCCUGAAAGAAAAUAAAAUACACACUAUUAACCUGUUGAAUUACCUCAGUAUGCAUAAUGUAAAUGUUCAUAGUAUGCACUACCUUGCUGUAUAUAGUGUUCAUAUCACUCACUGAACAAUAGCUUUUAUAUGUAAUAUAUGAAACAGCACACCAUAAAGUCACACGCUGACUGUGUAGUAGUUUAUGAAUUAUAAUAUCUAGCCACUCAAAACCAAGGAAGCAAUAUCUAGCCACUCAAAACCAAGGAAGCAAGUUAUCUUGUGAUUGAUGUAGCUGUCCAAGUAAAUGGGACUUUCGUCAGAACCACACAUUCCUUAAAAAAAUUCUUGUACACCUGGCCAAAAUGCUUUAUUAUACAUCAUCCUAUGCUUGUAUAUUUGGCACUGUCAAGUAUUUUCUGACCUGUAUCUGGUACAAAAAUGCACCUAUGAAAAUGGAUGAAUCAAUGAUGUUCAGUUUCAAAGAUGUUUAUCAUAGACUUUGUAAGGGCGAAUGUAGAAUCUACUGCAGAACAAGUGCAUGAUUCUCAUUCGUCAAAACUGUCACUAGCUUACCCUUCUACUGAUACAGUACUCUUCCAGAAUUUCUUAACAAUAGAUGCCGUAACCGUGUUACUUGGUGCCAUCUUAUAAAUUCUUUCUCUGAAUUGUUCUGCCACCUUUUUCAAAACUUGGGCCUCAUUUAUGACCAGUUCUUUAUGAGCCAACAUAGUGCUCAGUGAGACUUAUUUCCAACAACUGCCCAACAUCCUUGACACCUCAGGGAACAUACGGCUGCUGGAGCUAUGCACCAUUGAUUAAACACACAAUAGCAUUCAUGAUGCAGCAGUUUUAGUAUUAUUUUGAUUAUUACUAAAUUUAAGAUAAUUUUAAAAAAAACAACUUUGCAUUCAUAAAUGGAAUUUCAUUCACCAGCUGCGCAUGAAAGAUUGCUUGAUGUUUAUGAGAGACUUGAGGAAAUGGAUGCUGGAAAAGCAGCUGCUAAAGCGGGUUACAUUCUACAUGGUCUUGGAUUUACACGUACCAUGCAAAAUACAAAGGUAAUUAUAAGGAAAUAGAGAUAAGUAGUGCAUGCGCACAGAAUCGGUGAAUGUAUUUGUUUAAAUAUCACACACUUAAAUUGCUUUACUUGACUGGUCUAGACAAGACAGUCUGUUGGUGUUACAUAAAAGGAGAAAAAGGUGGUUAUUACACAAACUUUUGAUAUAUGAACAAACACCCCGAAAUUGUUAUGUUAAUUAUAUUAAUUUAGCUUACAUAGGUGUAUGCAGUCAUAUAUAUCACAAAUCGUUAAAUAAUGUAUGAAAUUUUUCACAUAUUCAUCACCAUCUCUAAUUAAACAAUGAAAACAGGUGAAAGAUUUUUCUGGAGGUUGGAGAAUGAGGAUAGCUUUGGCUAGAGCUCUCUUUAUACGACCCUGUCUUAUGUUGCUGGAUGAACCGACCAAUCACUUAGAUCUCAAUGCUUGUGUCUGGCUUGAGGAAGAAUUAAAAACGUAAUAAGUCAUCUUGUAUUUGUUUAAACAUUCAAUAUAUUUUAGGUCUUGAUGUUUGUUAAUUGUAUGUGUGCAAUAUACUUACAGGGGCUUAUAUUUUUUCAAAUAAAAGAUUAUGACUGAGGCUUACUGAAUAACAAAUAUCUAUUCUAAUGCAACUUUCAUUUAAGUAGAUGCCAGAGUGUGGGUUUUCUGGAUUAAAUUGGUCCCAUUAAAAAUGUUCUUGUAUUUUGUCUGUUUUUAGCUCUGUUGUCUGGAAGAUUGUGUUCUGUGAUUGUUGUGAUAAAUAAAUUAAUUUCUUUUUUAUUUGCAGACAUUCUUUUUUUAAUGUUAGUAAUUAAAUAGAUUUUGAAACACAAUUUUGUAAUUUAACCAUUAUAUUUUACAAUGAAAUAUUCAUUUAAAUUGUUUCCUCAGGUACCCACGUAUUCUUGUAGUCAUAUCCCACUCUCAAGACUUCCUUAAUGGUGUUUGUACAAAUAUUGUUCACAUGCAUCAGAAGAAACUCAAGUACUAUGGUGUAAGUGUUCCUCUAUUCAUUCUCAAGCAAAUAAUCAUUGGUCAUGUACAUUUUUGUCAGGUCUUUUUAUUUACCCAAUCUAUAUGCAAAGUUCCCAAGAUUGUGAUUGUUUCCUGAUUAAGUUUUGUAUUUACAUGCAAGUUGGAAGAAUGAUGACAUAAAAGGCCGAGUUAUAGUUCCUUAGCUUCCAUUCUGUGGUUGAGCUUGGAUCGAUGUUCAAAUUCCUUGAAGCGAUUAUUUCAACAUCUGACUUCUAAACUUGCUGAUUUCUUGUAAAUUAUUUGGCGGAUAUUUUUAUAAAUAAACGCACACUAUUAAUAAUUUUGCUUAUACUUAAAAUACCCAAGAAACACUUAUAGUCAGUAAGUAAUCUUUUUUUUAAUUGCAUUACAAAGUUCUUUAAAGUUUUAACCACAAUAAAAAAUAUGCUAGGUGGCCCAACAAAGAAGAUUAAAUUUAAGAACACCUGCACAAAACUGUGCAAUAUGUUUUGAUAUUAGAAAUUUCUGUUUUUUUUUAAAAUAAAUAAAAACCCUUGAAGCAAACUUAAAAGCUGUGUAAUGCUUAGCUCAUAUCAACCUUACUAACAAUCUUAGUAUAAAAUUUUUAAUCUGUUUCAGGGUAACUAUGACAGCUACAUACAGACCCGGUUUGAAUUAGAAGAGAACCAGAUGAAAAAGUACAAAUGGGAACAGGAUCAAAUAGCACACAUGAAGGUACUAUACUUCAAAAUAUUUUACUUAAGUUUUUUCUCUUUCAUAUCUGGUAAGUUUUAUUUAUGGUUUUGCAAGGUUUGAAAGUUAUUGUGGAAUUUUAAAAAAUCUUCUAUUAAGCAAAAUUCAAUUUGCAUUGUUAAUUCUUGAUUUCAGAACUAUAUAGCUAGAUUUGGUCAUGGCAGUGCUAAACUGGCCAGACAAGCACAAAGUAAAGAGAAGACUCUUAAAAAGAUGGUAGAUAGUGGUCUCACUGAACGUGUUUCUUCAGACAAGGUGAGUUAACAAUCCGAUUCACAAAAUACUGUUAUGGUGUGUGUAAGCCCAAAUUUAGCAUUUUUGUCAUCACCACUUGUCUGCUCUUUGUUUGGAUAUUGACAUCACCUAUUAAAUUUGCUAUGCCACUCUUUUUACCCACACCACCCUUUGAUUGGGAAAAUGUUGUUUACUUUUUAAUACUUUCUUUUUUUUUCUAAACAAUACCAUCAGACGACGAACAUUCUUUUCCGGAUAGUUCUGUUUUUUUUCUAAUAUAUAGGCUGGCAGCUUUCCUAUCCUGGAGAGAUUUUUACUAUAUUUCCUAGACAUAUACGACAGGUUUUAUAACUAAUAGAUUGUACUCUUUGUAUGUGUGUAGAUUAAUAUUAGUAUUUUUCGAGGAUCUUACCUUUUCACUUCUGCUGUAAGUUGGUACCCCCCAUGUUUUUUUUUUUUUUUUGUAUUUCUGUUUUUUUUUAAAAAUGUAAAAGUAUAAGUAUAAUUAAAUGAAAUAUUUUUAGUAUGACUAGCUUUGGUAUCAUUUUCUUGGUAUGUUGGUUUUCAGUCCUUUUUUUUUGUUUUUUUUUUUGUUCUUUCCUUUUUUCUUCUGUUGUAAGUUUGUUUCCCCCAUUUUUUUUUUUUUUUUUUGUAUAUCUGUAUUUUUAUAAAAAUGUAAAAGUAUAAGUAUAAUUAAAUGGAAUAUUUUUAGUAUGACUAGCUUUGGUAUCAUUUUCUUGGUAUGCUGGUUUUCAGUCCUUUGUCCAUUCUACAAUCCAAAUCUUAAAACGGAUUAAUGUAGCGGUACGUAACGCUGUCAUACAUUAAGAGAAUAUUUCAUGAGUGUAAGAUUAUUUUACUGACUCUAAUGUUGAACCUGCAAGACAUGUUUAGAGUCCAACCAAACAAGGUUUCUUUUUUUUUUGUUUCAGACUGUCUCCUUUUACUUCCCAAGCUGUGGCGUCAUCCCCCCGCCUGUCAUUAUGGUACAACAUGUCAGUUUUCGUUACAGUGAAGGGAAGGUGAGUGUACACACACCUAAAACCAUUAAACCCAAAGCAUCAUAUUAUUUAUCUUAUUCAUAUAAACAUUUUUAGAAUGCCAGUUCUUUCAUAAUGGUUUUCCUUUUUCAGAAAUAUAUAUACAAAGAUCUGGACUUUGGAAUAGAUUUGGACACUCGUGUAGCCCUGGUGGGUCCUAAUGGAGCAGGAAAGUCGACCCUUCUCAAACUCAUUACUGGAGAGGUGUGUAUUUGAAAAUGUUGGAUUAUUCUGGACUAUUGCUUCGUGGAUAAAUAUCUUUAACUGCUGUAGAAAUAGAAUAUGCAUGUUUGUAUACUGAAACGAUAUAUGAUAAUGGAUUUUUCAUUUUUUUUCUUUAUAUUUAGCUGAUACCAACUGAUGGUUUAAUCCGAAGACACUCGCAUCUAAAAAUAGGAAGGUACCACCAGGUAACUAUUGGUUGAUUGCAUACAAUAUUCUUUUUUUUAAUGAUUAAUUACAGUUAAAUUUUUAUAGGGUUGUACUAAUUGCCAAAUCAAUCUUAAAUGUCUUAUGUUGAGUUUGGUGAAAUGUAUGAAAUAAGUUAAGGAGUCUGAUCUGUCUGUAAAAUGUGUUAUAUAAUUAGGUACCACAAAUUGGCUUGAAAACGAGCUUUCACCUCACGAAAGCCGGUAUUUAGUAACUUUUUCUAUAUUAAAAAUUGGUCAUAUACUAAUAAAAAUGGUACCAUUUAAAAGUAUAUUUUAAGCCCUCUGAUUCUAUGUUAUUUUCAUUGUUCAUAUAAUAAAAUAUAUUACAUUUAUCGCCUGAAAACCAUCACCAGUGACUUUUUAUCGGCAGUCAAGCGAUUGUUUUUUACAUACACACACCACCACCCCCCGCGCUAUUCAAUCUGCGUGCCGUUUUCGGUCAUUCGUUGAAUUCCGUCAAAAAUAAGUGUAUCGUGUGCAGAAAUGAAUACCCUAUAGUUACCAAACUGUAAUGUAACGUAACAGUUAAAAUAUUUAAGAUUUUAAAAAAUCGAAGAAAAUGAUUAUUUUCUACAUGAUUUUGGCAAAAUAUGAAAUUCAAACCAGCAUCAUUAGAAAGCUUGUCCUAUUUUUUUUUAAAAUACGAAAACACCUCAUUUCUAAGCUAGGCCAAAUACGGCUGAGUGAAACAAAGAACCCUAUAAUUUUCAUUCGACCCGCUCGUUCCCAGUCCGACAAAAUGGCGGAAAACCACGUUGACAACGCCCCAGAAGUUUUAUCUAAAUUGACACUAGCCGAUCUAAAAUGCUUAGUAGGUAAGUAAAAUCAGUAAAAACAUGUAAUUAAAUAGUUUGAAACUGUGUCAGCUAUGUUUUAAUUGUUUAUUUCUGUAGGAAAUUUGUAUUAUUGUAGAUAUAAAUACAUUCGUUUGUCGCUGAUUAUUAUCUCUUUUGGGCUUUCUCAGGUGACCUAAACCCCCCCUCUGUAGUGAAGUCUAUUUUUUUCUGAUUGCCCAUUUUAAAAUGUUAUUGUCUUUUCUGAAAGAGGAUACUUUGAAAAUUAAUAGCUACUAAUUUUUAUAACUAGCAAAUGAUAUUAUUAGCGUCAAUUUUCAUAAAUAUAAAAGGUCACGUGAUCAUAAUUUUUGUUGGCAAUGUAGAUGAAUGAUGAAAUGCAGAAAAACUCGUAAAGUUAGGGGAUGGUCAAAGUAAUGCAUGAUUAAUAACUCAAAGUAAUUUCUUUUAUAAUAGAUAUGAUGUAGAUUAAUGUUAGACAGAACAUUUAUAAUUUGUUCAAUUUUGUUUUAGGUGAUGGUAAACAGUACGCUGCUCUAGAGUUAUCAGUUUGAUGUCAGGUUGCGGCAUAGCAGCUGACAAAGUGUCUCAUAUAAUUACACUUUUGAUGAGAAACUACCAAGUGCAACAACUUGUUAAAAUUUUUGUGCCGAGUCUCAUGUAGUUAGCCAAGUGCAAGCUGCUGAAAAUCUGUUGGAGUGGAAAAAUGACACAUUACAUACCGAUGGUACAUCAAGAGACCAGUAAAAAAAUUGUUGGCCAUCAAAUAUCUCUUGAUAGUGGAAAAGUAAUUUUUUUAGUAUUUAAUCCAGUAGCAUCUGAGGAUGCAAAUACCAUGUUAGAUUCGACCAUUGAUCUGUUUAAGUCUUUAGCUGAUUUAUAUUCAGAGUAUUCAAGUGAAUCUUCUGAGAAUAUUUUAAAACAUUUUCUAAGAAAAAUAAAUAGCACAUUGAGUGAUAGAGCUUCUGCCAUGAAACUGUUUCAGACGAAAUUUAGUACUUAUGUUUCCGAAGAACUGGGUGAAGAAAUACAAGUUUAUUUUUUGCACUGCAAUGCUCAUUUUCUUUUCUUGUGAAAAAGCCCUUGGUGCUGUUGAGUCUGAACUCAAACAAGAAGUAGGGCAUUCUCUUGGUAGAGAUAAGGAAUCCAUAUUUUACCAUUUUUCCAAUAGCAGUGAAACAGCUGCAUUGUGCUUAAUACGAACAGCUUGUGAUGUUUUAGGGCCAAGGGGUGAUCAGAAAAAAUGGGUUUAGAGCAGAAUGGCUGGCUUUCUGUGAGAAUUCAAGCAUUUCUUCAUUCAAAUCUAAUCGUUUUAAUGCAUUCUUUGCAUUGCCUUAAUUAAUAGUACAUGAAAAAAAAGAUAAAACAAUUUUUCACAUCUGGCGUUUUGCCUGAAAACAUAAAUUUAAAAAUGAAAAGUGUAUUUUUUUAUGUUAAUGAAACAGAGUUAAUGGCUGAAAUCUGUGUUAUUGCGCUUUUUUAUUUAAAAACAGUAAUGUAAAGUACACAGAGUUUCAUGUUUUUGUAAAGAAAAUGUUAGACUGUUUUGAAUGCUGUCUGUAUCAAUGACUAAUCUAUUUAAUACAUGAUAGUUUUGUAUCUGUUUUUGGCCCAGAUUUUCAAGUCUUUUUUGAUGACUUACAUAUUGUUAUACAGUAUGUAAACAGUACUAAUAAUAUAUAUUUUUUUAAAAUAAGACUAAGAAUGCGCUAUUGUAACUAAACGCCAGCUAGCAGAUUUUCUUGGCACUGGCCCAUUUAGUGAUAAUGUAUCAGAACCUACCAAAGAAGCUUUUAAUUUAUCUCACUGUCCCAUUACCAACCUGAUUGAUGAAAGUGCCUUUGGGGACUUAGAUUAUGGCAUAAAUAAGAGGAAGAACUGCUCUUUACACAGUAGGUCGACAUUACACUGUACCAACAGGAACAGAACAUCUGCAUUCAUAAAAAGCAAGUCUUUAUCCAAAAGAGCUAAGUUAUUUACAUUUGCUCGGAAGCAUUCCCCUAGACUUAAAGAGAGCCAGGAAGGAACUUGAGCAUAAUGUUCAGUUAAAGCUCAGGGAGCAAAUGAUUGUCAAUCAGUAUAAAAAGAUUAAUAAAGAAUUAAAACAAAUAAACAAAAGAGCUCAGCUUACUGAUGUUCUAAAAAACAUGGUGGUCCAUGUGCAAGGGCAGAUGAUGUAGAUUCCCUCUGUAGGCAACUGGGGGGUUAACCAUUAUUGGAGGCGUUGAAAAAUGAAAUUUGUUUUCAAAAAUUAUAUUCAAAGUCUUCACAUUUGAAUUUAAAGGGUGAUGUUGACCGUUUAAGGUUGUUGUUGAUUUCCCAUUUACAAGGUCAUAUUAUGUAAAUUUUAAAGUUAUGCAGUUUGUUCUACUACUUAGUAUAAAAAGCAGGUUACUCUAUAUCUGAAUAUAAAUAAAAUAAAUAUUUUUGUAAUGGUCGAUUUUUAUUACAUUUUUGUAAACGUUAAAAUUUUAUUUGUACUGUUCCAGCCAUGUUUUUUAUUGUAUAUAAAUAAGUAAUGGGCUCGUUGACCGUUGAAAUGUUAGAGCUAUAACUUUUCAUUAGUUUGGUUUAUUUAGUUUAUGCUUUGGUAUAACUGUUGGUUUUAUGCAAUUAUUUUUUUUAUUUAAAUGGCCGAUUUCUCGCUUCACGUGAACCUGUGCACUUUUUUAACGGUUUUUGUAUUUUAAAAGUACAUGCUAUAGGUGCACAUGCUGUUUAAGUUUGGUACAUAGACCUUUAGUUCCCUUACAUUUUGAUAUAAUUAUCAUGUGGUUUCAAAACAUUUAUUUUUAAAAAAAUUAAAUUCUGCAUGUGAACGCUUUCACUGUUCCAGUUAUGUUUGUAAUGUAGGUAUAUAAAUACGUUAUUGGCUCGUUGACUGUUGAAAUAGGUUGAGCAUUAAUUUUUCUAUAUUUUGGUAUUAUUAGCUUAUCUUUUGGUGUAACUUUUGAUUUUUUGCAAUUUUUUAAAAACGACUGAUUUUUUGCUUCUUAUGAAACCUUGCACUUAAAACACACAUGUUAUGUUUACACUUGCUGUUUAAGUACAUAGACCUUUAGUUCCCCUGCAUUUUGAUAUAAUUAUCAUUUAUGCUUUCUUCUUGGUUAAUUUUUGGUGAUUUUUUGAAAAUGUGCAACAAAUUUUGCAUUUUUUACCUCCCCCCCCCCCUUUUUUUUUCAAAAUGAGAGAAAACGCCAUUUUAUUACAGAAUUUAAUGAAUUAUUUUAAACCUUUGAAAAAAAUUUAGUCUGUUCUCUAUAUAUGUGGGUGUGUGUUGAGUGUAAGUGAAUGGGUAUAAGUGAUUUAGUUUUACAGAUAUAACCUUACAAAAAUGGGAAUUUUGACGCUUUCAAAAAAAUUCCAAAAAUUCAUAACUUUUUUUUCUUAUCGAGUUAUAUGAACAAGUUUGGUAUCCACGUUCUUAGAAUCAUGAGUGUUUUACGUGGGAGUAUGAAAUAAAGCUGUAGGACUGUUUUGAAAAAUCAGUUUGUGGUACCUAAUAUAAUUUUUAAAAAUUUUUCUCUCUACAGCAUCUUGGUGAGCAAUUGGAUUUGGAUAUGACAGCUUUGGACUACAUGAUGAAGUGCUACCCUGAAAUAAAGGAGAGGGAAGAAAUGAGAAAAAUUAUCGGUAGAUUCGGUCUGACAGGCAUGCAACAGGUUGGUUGAUGUACCGUAAUAAACUGUUUCCUUCAAUCCAAAAACCGGAGCUAUAUAACUCAUUCAAUUUUUAACAGUACUGAGGCUUAUGUACCAGUAUAUUUUAUUUCCAAAGUAGAACAAGUUUUCAGCAUUUAUUACUUUUACACUUAUUUUAUCUUUGGAAUUUUAUCCGAGGUAUUGGCUGAUUACCGUUAUCUCUGUGACAAGAGUUUGAGAUUUAGCUAGUCAUCUUCCACAAUGGGGUGGCAACAGGUUCAUUAGCUUGAUGCCAAAGAUUUAAAGCAAUUUCAAGCAGAAAUGACAACCUAUGAUAACUCCGAGCAACUAAUUCUAUUUCCAGGUUUGCCCCAUACGAAAUCUCUCAGAUGGUCAACGUUGCAGAGUGACGUUUGCCUGGUUAGCAUGGCAGUCCCCCCAUUUGUUACUCCUUGAUGAACCUACCAAUCAUUUGGAUAUAGAAACAAUUGAUGCCUUAGCUGAUGCGAUUAAUGCAUUUGAAGGUGGAAUGUUACUAGUCAGCCAUGACUUCAGGCUCAUUUCUCAGGUAUGGUAGGCAGAGAAUAUCAAUGUUAAUCCACAAUGAUCAAAUACACAGCACACCCAUGUCAAUUGUAUUUUAAUAUGCACAUGAUCUUACUAGCAGAGAGUGGUGCAGUCCUCAUUCGGAUACAAUUAUUUUUUAUCCAUGAGAGAAGCAAUCUGUAGAUUAAAGUUUUAAUAAAAUACCAAGCUAAGAUUUUUCCUUCACAAGAUGUUCCUCUUAUUAAAACGGUGUGUUUUUUUUUUAAUGGAAAGCCCUACUGUACAUUACAAGAUUUUUUGCAUUAAAAAUGGCAACAGUUUGUAACGAAAUGGAAUAUAGGUGUGAUUCUGCAUUAAUGUCUGUACCACAAAAAUGAUUAAGUUAUGUACUCUUGUAUUUUUCAGGUGACAGAAGAAAUCUGGGUAUGUGAGAAAGAGAGGGUCACGAAAUGGGAAGGUGAUAUUUUUUCAUACAAAGAGCGUCUGAUCAAAGAAACUCAACGUGAAAAUGCCAAACUAAAGGGAUAAUCUCACAACUUACAUAUAAAUAUUGUAUUUAUCAAUUUGUCUCUAUAGUGAUGUGAUUAGUCCAUUAAAUUUAUUUGUAGCUAUGUUUUCAAAAUAUUUCUUCAGAAAAAAAAACUUUCAAAAUUGCACAAUUUAGGUUGUAUCUUUUCUUUAUGAGAAAGUAUGAUGUUACAAAAAACAUUUCUAGACCUCACUGAUGGUGAUAGCCAAUACAAUGCUGCUUUAUAAGGAGGAACUUUGAUGUGUCACAAGGUUUAAAUAACCUGUGUAAAUUAUUGAAUAAAGUGAUAUUAAAAACCACAAAAUCUGUUUUGUUAACUGCAUAAAAAAUGUACUAGAAGAACUUAUUUUUUAAUAACUUUAUUAACAAAAGAUGUAAACCAAUUAACAUUUUAAAAAUAAAAAUAC